AUGGUCGGCCAGAAGCAGCCCGUCUACGUGCUCGGCGUGGGCAUGACCAAGUUCAUCAAGCCUCGCGGCAAAGUUGACUACCCCGAGCUUGGUUUUGAGGCUGGCGUGAAAGCCAUGCUUGACGCGCACAUCAACUACGACGAAGUCGACCAAGGCGUCGCAUGCUACUGCUACGGAGAUUCGACAUGCGGCCAGCGCGUCUUCUACCAAUUUGGUAUGACUGGAAUCCCGGUAUACAAUGUCAACAACAACUGCUCGACGGGAUCGACAGGUCUGUUCAUGGGGCGGAACAUGAUUGCACAUGGAGCUGCCGACUGUGUGCUGGUUGUUGGUUUUGAGAAGAUGUUCCCAGGAAGUCUACAGUCCUUCUUCCAGGACAGGGCGAACCCCACAGGUACAACAAGUCUGUUGAUGAAGGAAACCCGGGGAAUCACAAAGGCACCGGGUGCUGCGCAAAUGUUUGGCAACGCUGGACGUGAACACAUGGAGAAAUACGGCUCUGAACUCAAGGACUUUGCCGAAAUCGGUCGCGUCAACCACGCUCACUCCAAGAACAACCCAUACUCUCAAUUCCAAGACGAGUACACCCUAGACCAAGUCAUGAACUCAACCAUGAUCCACGAGCCUCUCACCAAGCUUCAAUGCUGCCCUACCUCGGACGGCGCUGCUGCCACAGUCCUCGUCUCACAAGCUUUCCUUGACAAGCGUCCCGAGCUCAAGGAACAAGCCAUCCUGAUUGCCGGACAAGCACUACAAACCGACACGCCAUCGUUGUUCAACCGCAGUGCAAUUGAGCUUGUAGGAUACAGCAUGAGCGAGCUAGCCGCUAAGAAUGCGCUCGCAGAAGCAAAGGUAUCGCCAGACGACGUAAAGGUCUGCGAACUACACGACUGCUUCUCGGCCAACGAAAUGGUCACAAUCGAAGCCCUCGGCCUCGCACCAAAGGGAAAAGCUCACGAGCUCAUCCGCAAGGGCGGCAUCACAUACGGCGGCAAAGUCGUCAUCAACCCCUCUGGCGGUUUGAUCUCCAAGGGCCACCCUCUCGGUGCCACUGGUCUAGCUCAAUGCGCAGAACUCGUAUGGCACAUGCGUGGCUGGGCCAACAACCGCUCCGUCAAAGAUACAAAGGUCGCUCUUCAGCACAACUUGGGUCUUGGUGGUGCUGUCGUUGUCACAGUGUACAAGAGGGCUGAUGGAAGCGCUGCUACUGAUAAGACAGAUGAGCAGAUUGCCAAAAUCACUGGUUUGGGAUAUAACCCUGCGACCGUUGCGAAGGGGUUCACAAAGGAACAGAUUGAUGCUGUCAGGAGUAAGAAGGCGAGGAGUGAGUGGGCGUUGCAGGAUACCCAGCAGAAGGUUGAAUCGAGGUUUUAGAUGAUGUAUGUAGUUUAUGAAUGAGAUCAAAUAGGACCGUUGUGUCAGAA